GGUUGGAACGCAAUGAAGUUGCCAGUGUUCCUCCAACAUGGCACGCCUCGCGGUGCUUCGCUCAGCUAUCUUCAACGGCGUCCGACGCCAGGAACUGGCUUCGUCCUGGCGCCAACAGACGAAGGCGAUGAAGUCCACGACGGCCGCCAGGCCAGAACGAAUACUGGAGCCACCGUACCCGGAGAAGAUGCAGAUUCCAGAGGCCACAAUCACAGAGUUUGUGUGGCAGGACGUAGGACAAUGGCUGUCGAAACCAGCGGUGACAUGCGGGUCCAGCGGUCGAUCCUACAGCCACGGCGAGACGCGCGCUCUCUGCCGUCGAUUCGCGAACGCUCUGCUCGGGGCUGUGGGGCUUCGACAGGGUGACGUUCUGGGGCUGCUGCUUCCCAACAUGCCAGAGUUCGUCAUAGCGAUCCACGGAGCCAUUGAGGCCGGCAUCAUCGUCACCUUCGCAAACCCACUGUACACUCCAGAUGAGAUCGGACGCCAGUUCAUGAACGCCGGGGUGAGGGCGAGCGUCACGAUCCCCCAGUUGCUGCCUGUCAUGGCGCAGGUCGGGCGAAGUCUCCCGGAUUACAAGUGGACCAUAGCGGUGGGUGGCGAGCUGCAGGCAGAUGGCACCGUGCUGUCUUUCCAGCGGCUGUUGAGUGAAUCUGUGGAUGCAGACAUCCCCAAGUUGUCACCUGGAGACGUGGCGCUUCUGCCCUACUCUAGCGGCACAACGGGACUGCCCAAAGGCGUAAAGCUGUCCCACAGGAACCUGGUGGCAAACCUGCAACAGAUCAGUCACCCAGAUAUCUUGCUUCAUGUACCCACCACAGAGACAACUCAGGAAGUGGCGCUGAGUGUCCUGCCGUACUUUCAUAUCUACGGUUUCAAUGGCAUACUGAACCCGACGAUACUGUAUGGCAUGCACAUAGUUUCCAUCCCAAAAUUUACACCAGAGGACUACAUUGGAUGUGUCAUAAAAUUCAAGCCAACGAUCCUGUUUGUUGUGCCUUCUCUGAUGCUAUUCCUGGCAUCGCAUCCCAGUGUAACAAGGGAACACCUGUCCUCUAUCAAGCACGUCGUGUGUGGAGCUGCUCCAGCGACAAAAAACCUCAUUGACAAGUUCAAGUCCAAAGUCGAUAGAGACAUCAAUAUCCGCCAAGGAUAUGGCAUGACAGAAUCAGCUCCCGUUACGAUCUUCCCUUCAAAGCAUGCCCCACUAAGCAAGAUGGGUUCAUGUGGGCAAAUUGUGCCCGAGACACAAGCCAAAGUUGUGGACCUCACAACAGGGCAGUCACUAGGGCCUCACGAGUCAGGAGAGCUGUUGAUCCGAGGACCACAGGUGAUGCUGGGUUACCUCAACAAUGACGAAGCAACCCAAGAGACAAUUGACCCAGACGGGUGGCUGCACACGGGUGAUGUUGCUUAUUAUGACGAAGAUGAGUACUUUUACAUUGUCGACCGCACCAAGGAACUCAUCAAAGUCAAGGGAAACCAGGUAUCUCCAACUGAACUGGAGAGCAUCCUGGCUGGUGAAGUUCCUCGCGCAUUUGUUGUGCGCCAUCCUGAUUAUCAAAGUCUCACUGAAGCUGAUGUCCAGGAAUAUGUAGAGCCCAAAGUUGCAAGUUACAAGAAACUGGCAGGUGGCGUGAAGUUCAUUGAUGUUAUACCUCGCAAUCCAGCCGGAAAGGUGUUGAGACAACAGCUAAAAGUGCUUGGUGAUAAGUCCCCCAUUCAGUGAUACAAUAUUGCUUCAUGAGAUGGCAAUAAUUUUUUCCAGACUGCUUGUGCUUCAUUCAAUAGUGUGUGUACAAAUGAAGUCAUAUUUUAAAUUCUGUACCAUAUACCAAAAGCUAUGUGAAAUUGUAAGCCCUUCUGUAUUUCAAACAUUUUGGGGUGAAUACAACAAGGAAAAAUAUGAAUAUUGAACAAAAACACUCAAAGUAUAUAGCGCACCUACAUGCCUUGAAUUUCAGACACAGCCUGUGAAACUAAAUGCAUGUAAAAUGCUCAGGGUGAUGAUUUUGAGAUCCGAGAUCUCACGCCAGUGAAGAUAUAGAUUGUGGUCUUGUAGGCUAUGAAUCAUGUGGUCUUGCAGACAAACGUAGGUAUAGAAUCAUCUUGUCUGUGUAUGGGCAUGUGCAUGUCUCAAUGUCUGAACUAAGUGAUGUAAUUUCAUGUACCAGUCUCAAGAUGGGAAAACAGAAUAUCAGAAUUCUUCUCAGCACAUGAUUAAUAUUUUCAACACCACAUGCCUGGGGUUAAGUGUUUUUAUACAAGUCAUAGGCCGAUAUUCUGUUACCUCCUGGAACUGCAUACUACAUAUGUGUCCCAACUUACCCCUCUCCUUUUUCAGUCAUUCUCGUUAGAACUCGGAGAACAAUCAUGUUUCAAUUCCGUAUCUGAGCAGAUACAACAAUUUUGAAAUGUUAAAUAUGACAAAAAUGAAAAUGUGAAUAAAUAAAUGAAUAAAAAUCA